AUGUCUUCUAACUCUUCUUCCUCCUCCGUCCAGCCAACAAUCCCUCCUCGUUUGAUCGCCAAUGCCGCCAGAGCGGCUGCAGCUAGAGGAGUAUACUUGGAAGGAUUCACCCAAGGUCAAAUCAAGAUCAAGGAUGAGAAAGGAGAAGAGAAAGAUGCUCCAAUUCCACUCUACAAACUCGGAAAGUGGAAGCCUCCUCUUCCCGAUCGCAUCCGUGGACUAUCGAUGACUCUCCAACAAUAUCGAGACUUGCCAGCACAUAAAUUUCAUGAACUGUCUACCGUAUCUGAGAAGGAAGCCAAGGAAAUCCGUAAUUUAUUGUUCGACCUCAUCUUUCAAAAUGUGGAACUCUGGACCAAAAGAGGUGUGAAGGUCUUCAAAAAGCACUGGGAAGAGAUAGCAGUCGACAUGUACUGUAGGAAAGCAAUUCUUCUCAAAGUGGAAGUGCUUCGAACCAUGUGGAAAACCGCGAAGGAUUCUCUCCGAAAGAUGUUGAAAGAGUGCAUCAAAGAUAAAAGAAUGCACGAAACGAGCACUGAAACCCACCUAGACCAGAACUUCCCAGGCUAUCUACACAUUCGAUUCUACCGUACCACUCUUCAGCCGUACGAAGAUCAACUUCGUGCUAAGUAUAAUGGAUUGGAAGCUGAUGAAGAGGAGAUUAGAGCUUUCGAGAAUGACGAAGAUGUCAUAAUCGAAUACGAGGACGUUGGACAUCAAACUGAAAGCCUUGCUGUGGUCAAAACUGAGCCAGAAGAAUCGACGGGAAACCAAGAGAGUACCAACUUCGCCCCGCCUCCUCCAUCAUUCCAUCCACUUCCAACUGAACAAUCAGGACCCUCAUUCCCAUCAGAACCCUUAUUCUCACCCCCACUCCCACCAACUUUCUUUUUCACGAACCCCUGUCCAACUUAUCCAACUUACUUCAUGCCACCGACGUCCGAGCAUGUACCAGAACAAGAAAUGAAGGUGCACCAUUUAUCCCAACUCCAACAUCUUCAAUAUGGAUCCAGAUCUUCUGUAGAUCCUGUAGACACCUCUUCUCCUCGAAAGUCAGCCAACAACCCGAUUCGAUUGGAAGAUACUCACCAAGCUCAACCCGUCGACGGACCAGAAGCCAUCGCUGAGAACAAUCCAUUGGAAAACGGCUCAACCAAGGAUACGGAACAUAUGAUCGAAGUCGCCGGAGUGUUUACGGAUCUCAUACUCCACCGGUUUCAAAGGAACCCUCAUGCAAGACGUGGAUAUCGUCAAAUUUUCCACGAAUUCUGUUCUUUCGGAGACGAAGUUCCCUACAAAAAGUUGGAUAACAUGUUUGAAGAUUGCGAACGGGCUUCCAGGACCAAACGAAGAAUCACUGAUAAUCGCUUAAAGAAUGAGGAAGCCUGUGAAACGAAAAGACCCCGACAGACCUAA